AGAAAAAAAAAACAGCAAGUAGCUGCUAAGCUAGUAGAUAUUAGAAACGCAAUAUAAGUGUAACUAGCUAAUUGGUCAUUUAAAUAUGUCAAUUCACCCACUUGCAAACCCAAAAGGAACGAAGAAAUUGUGUGAGCUUUGUCAGAAACCAGCUCAUCUCCAGUGCACAAAAUGUCGUGUCACAUUUUACUGUGAUGUGACUCACCAGCAGGAAGAUUGGAAUAGCAUCCACGAGAAAGUGUGUGAGCUGCUGAUCUUCAUACGAACCCCUGUACCAUUCUCCUGCUUCCAGGCUGAACGAGACAUUCAUCAGAUACAGACACUGAAAAGAUUGGAAUACAUAAAAGACCUCUCCCAUGGUACAGCUAAGAGCUGGGUGUCAGAAGGGAAGUACAGGGAGGCAAUGCCUGCAGCUCAGCUUUCCCUGCGCUGUGCUAUUGACAUUUACGGCUCUGAUGCUGUUGAACUGGUGCCAGCCUACUUGCUGCUUGCCGAGGCCAGUAUAGGUUUAGGUUCCCUGAUCCAGGCGGAAAGUUGUCUCUCAAAGGUAGAGUGGAUGGUAAUGAAGAGCCCGGGUUGCAACCGGACGGUUCUUCUUCAUCUGCUCCACAGAACCUUGGGCCGCCUGUACUCAGCCAAAGGAGACUACAACUCUGCCCUGCUGCACUUUGCUAAUGAUGUGUACUAUGCGAGCGAGGAGUUUGGUUUGGACAGUGUGGUGACAGCUGGAGGCUAUUUCUUGAUGGCAAACAUAUUCAUGAAACAGGAGAAGACAGAUAUUACAAUCUCACUCUACUCAGAGGUUGCCAGUACAUGGCAUGCUCACCUGUCUAACUUGAUGGAGUGUUGCAGUCAGGAGGAACAUAAGGGAAAACAAUACUUUGAUGAGGCAGAGCGUGCAGAGGUGAAUCGGAUGUUGUGUGUGAUGUUUGAGGCUCAGGAACAGGAUGUAGAUGCACAGCCUGAUUACCAGACCACACCGUCUCACUCUCUAGGCCAGAAGGCAUUGCUGUCUCACUGUCUGGCUAUGCUCUGGUUUCUCUGCAAUGACCACGAGAAGGCGCUGGACUUUGGCAGGAUGGCAGAAGACUUUAUCGAGGAGUAUGAACCCAACAGUCUGGCUGAUUCCAUCCAGAGUCUUAUACAACAGGCAGAAACACACCUCAACCCAUAACAAACACUCAUCGUUCACCACAAACUAAUACAUUCAACACUCAUCUACUAACACACACAAUAAUAAACCAGUACACUCAACACUCAACACAUAACCCUGACUAAUCAUAAUGCACCUAGCCCUCAUAGAUGCCCUGCUUACUCAUAAUCUCAAUAUAAAAAUGUGCACAGCACUCACACUCUGUCCUCAAAUAUACAAAUAAUACAAUACAAAACAACUCUCCUUUUUAUAAACAUCUCAGUCGUGAGGCUGUAGAGUUAAUGACUGGACU